AUGUCACUAAAAUUCUUCGACAAGUUUUCUCAAGACUUCACCAAUCUUUUGACUGAUGAAAAAUACUGCGAUCUGACUAUUGAGGUCGGCAAAAAUCAGAAUAAGAAGACCUUUACUGCUCACUCAGCGGUGUUACACUAUCGGUCAUCUUACUUUUGUGCAAUAUUAUCCGACACCCCUGAACGUAAACAUGUAACAAAAAAGAUUUUUUUACCAAAAAUUACUCCUCAAGUUUUUGAAAUUGCUCUCAGAUAUUUUAGAUAUAUCUAUGGUGGAACUGUUGAGUUAAAGAAUGCUGAUAUUAAAACUAUAUUUGAUCUAAUGAUUGCUUCAGGUGACCUCAUGCUUAUAGAAUUAUCUAAGAAAUUAGAAACCCAUCUUGUUGAAAAUGAACCCUCUUGGAUAAAUUCGCAUCUUUCAUAUGUUUAUCAAUUAAUAUUUCAGCAUAAUAGCUUUAAGUGUUUGGAAGAUUUUUGCAAUGACAACAUUGCGAAAAAUCCAAAUAUUGUUUUUGAUAGUGAGGAUUUUACCUCUUUCCAAGAAUCACUUUUGAUCUCGAUUAUCAAACGCGAAGAUCUAAGAAUAGAAGAAGUCAAGAUUUGGGAAAACAUUAUUCUCUGGGGAGUUGUAAGGAAUCCUACAUUGUCUCCAAAUCCAGAAAAGUGGUCUGGGAAAGAUUGCAUGGAUUUAAAGAAUACUCUAAAACAUUUAUUGCCACACAUUCGUUAUUUCCAAAUUUCUAAUGCUGAUCUGUGGGAAAAGGUGAAACCAUACAAGGAAGUCCUCGAUGAGCAACUUUGGAAUGACUUGAUACAACAUAGGCUCCUUCCAGAUAAACCGGUUAGAUCGAUUAUUUUACCAGCAAGAUUGGCCUACGCUUCAGAGCCUAGAACAAGUGAACCCUUUUCGACUAUUUUAAAUGAUGAACAUCUGGCUGAGAUUUCAUCCUGGAUUGAACGCAAAUCCCGAACUAGUCCUGCAAUGGAUAUGUUUCAAUUGAUUUUAAGAGGUAGUCGUGAUGGAUUUGAUCCUAAAAUUUUUUGGAAAAAUUGCCACGGUUGCUCAAAUACGGUGACGGUAUUAAAGGUGAAAGGAACAGAAGAAAUCCUUGGUGGAUAUAACCCCUUAGUGUGGGAUAAAACCACUAGUGGGGUUUGGAUGGAGACAGAGAAAAGCUUUGUUUUUUCACUAAAGAAUUUGACUCAAAAUUCAAUUGUUAGUCGAGUGCAAAAGAAUGGUAGUAAUCAAGCAGUUUUCAACGCAAGUCUCGUUGAUCAAAAUAGAUGCGGUCCAUAUUUUGGAUAUGCACUGUGUAUGUAUACCGAAGCAUCAGACUUCACUCGAGACAAAAGGAAUUAUUGUAAUCAAGCGUGGAGUAGUGGUUACGAAAGAGAGAUCAGAAAAACCUGCGAAAGUUUUUCAAUCGUAGACUAUGAAGUGUUUAGGGUCAUUUAA